GUCUGUGUCGUCACGGGGCGAAGGGCGGUGCCCCCAGGUAAGCACAUCAGCACCCUCCACAUCACAAACACACGCCCAGAGCAGCACACAGAGGAGGCACAGUACUGAGAGUAGCCGAGACUCCCUGGAGCCAGACACACACUUCCCUCCGCUCAGGCUAAGGACGGAGCUCACAGAGAAGGAGGCAAAAACAGCCGCAAUAUUUGGAAACAUCGAAACAAGGAAGUUGGAUACAGAACACAGCGGGAAGCAUGUUCAGCUGGGUCAAACAGGAGCAGGGUGGCAGCAACAAAGAAGGAGAGAUGUACCAGACCGUUACGGAGGGACUGCAGACUCUUUACACCAAGAAGCUGCUGCCGCUGGAAGAGACCUAUCUCUUCCAUGACUUCCACUCCCCGGCCCUAGAGCCUGCUGACUUCCAGAGUAAACCCAUGGUACUGCUGGUCGGCCAGUACUCCACUGGGAAAACCACCUUCAUCAGGUAUCUACUGGAACAAGAUUUCCCUGGGAUGCGGAUCGGUCCUGAGCCAACCACUGAUGGCUUUAUAGCAGUGAUGCAUGGUGAAAAUGAGGGGGUUGUCCCAGGCAAUGCUCUAGUCGUCGACCCCAAGAAACCCUUCAGGAAACUCAACGCGUUUGGAAACUCCUUCCUCAACAGGUUUAUCUGCUCCCAGAUGCCCAAUCAGGUUCUUCAGAGCAUCAGCAUCAUUGAUACUCCUGGUAUCCUGUCUGGAGAGAAACAACGAAUCAGCAGGGGUUAUGACUUUGCUGAGGUCCUGCGUUGGUUUGGAGAGCGAGUGGACCGGAUCAUUCUCCUCUUUGAUGCACACAAGCUGGACAUCUCAGAUGAGUUUUCAGAGGCCAUCAAAGCUUUCAAGGGUCAAGACGACAAGAUCCGAGUCGUCCUCAACAAGGCAGACCAGGUGGACACCCAGCAGCUCAUGCGGGUGUAUGGCGCCCUCAUGUGGUCACUGGGGAAGGUGAUCAACACUCCAGAGGUGGUGAGAGUUUAUCUCGGCUCCUUCUGGGCCAAACCGCUGCAAAACACAGAGAACAGGCGUCUGUUCGAGGCAGAGUCUCAGGACCUGUUCCGGGACAUCCAGAGUCUUCCCAGGAAUGCUGCUCUCCGUAAACUCAACGACUUGAUCAAGAGGGCGAGGUUGGCCAAGGUGCAUGCCUACAUUAUCAGCUACCUGAAGAAAGAGAUGCCAUCUCUGUUUGGACGGGAAAAGAAGAAGGACGAACUGAUCCAGAGACUCCCGGAGAUCUACACCAUCCUACAGAGAGAGCACCACAUCAGCCCUGGAGACUUCCCCAAUGUCACUAAGAUGCAGGACAUGCUGCAGCACUAUGACUUCAGUAAGUUCCCAUCUCUGAAGGUGAAGCUGAUUGAGAAGGUGGAUAAAAUGUUAGCCUCAAAGAUUGCUGUUCUUAUGGCGAUGAUCCGGGAGGAGGAGGCCAAGCAGCCUCCUGCCAUGGUGUCAGGUGGUGCCUUUGAGGGCUCCCAGGAUGGGCCCUUUGGUCAGGGCUACGGUGAGGGGAUCAGUGCUGGGGCUGACGCUGAAGAUUGGAUUGUCAGCCGGGACAAGCACCGUUACGAUGAGAUCUUCUACACUCUGAUGCCUAUCAACGGCAAGAUAACUGGCGUCAAUGCCAAGAAAGAGAUGAUGAACUCUCGGCUGCCCAACACUGUGCUAGGGAAGAUCUGGAAGCUGGCCGACUGCGACCAGGAUGGCAUGCUGGACGACGAGGAGUUUGCCCUCGCUCAGCAUCUCAUCAAGAUCAAACUGGAGGGCUACGAGCUGCCCACUGAGCUCCCCAACCACCUGGUGCCCCCAUCCCACCGCAAAAACCCUACUGCAGAUGCCUUGUACAAUCAUAUUGAGGACUAGAGUGCUCACAGGACGCCAAGCAAGCUGCUGAAGAGAGACUGAGCAGAGAAGAGGUGUAAAAAUGUAAAGAACCAUCACAGGUGAACGUGUCUGCUGCUGCUCGUUGAACAAACAGGAGAACAAAUGGGCCACCUAAUGCUACACAAGGUCAAAGGGUAAGGUUUUGUUGGAUACAUUCACUAAGACGAUGCAUUAGAGCCCAAUAAUGCUUGACAUUUUCAGGCAGCAGUCAAACAAAGCACUUUUAUUUUGAUAAUAUUUUACAUAAUGAGCAUUUCAGCUGAUUUAAUUGCAUUAAAGAAGAAAAGUGACAAAGUUCUUGUAUAAUAUAGCCACAUUUGCCUAAUUCUGGUUUCACCAUUCACUUUAAUUUCUGAAGGACGGCAAGUUCAUAUUCAUAUAUUCAUGUUUAACCUUGAAAACCGACUAUCCGAAGGUAACAGUUAGUGCUAGGGUGCAGUUUAUUCAUUUUACUGCAACAUAUUUCAAAGGACAUCACUUGCACAAAACUUUAGAUGCAAGUUUAAAUGCAUACUUGCUGGUGUUCAUAAUAUCUUUCUGGAUUUUUCCCCAUCCUUUAAGCUGUUCCGGCUUUAUCCUAAAAGGUCUUCACAGUUACACAACAAUGACAGUUAUUCUCCUUCACAGAAAAACACUGCUAAACUGACUGAAACACCUGGCAGUCCAGGCUGUAGCAAAUCUCUAUUCUGUUAAAAACAUUUGUAGCACUAUGGAAACUUCGUCUUUAAACGCUUUUAGAUAAAAAAUACCAAAGAUGUGUCUUGAUGAUGACAUUAUGCAAAAAAUAAAUAAAUAAAUAAAAUAAGUUAAUGAAAUAAAAAUUAAUAAAAUCUAACAUUUUACACAAUCGCAAUGGCUCCAGCAGCAUCACAACAAACUAAAGCUGGGGAGUAAAAGCUGACAUAGUAUGUAUUGCAAUCAGAAGCUGUAACAUAACUUUAUUCCCACUCCAUGUAGGCCUCACAGUGAGGUCAGAGGUCAUAGUCUGCAGCUCAGUGCUAAUUUGCUCACAGGGAUAGACAGUGUCCUGAAAUGCAGUUGUCAGUAUGUGCUCAAUUGAUUCUGUUUCCUGACAUUGUAAAAUGAAAAGGACAGGAGGAGAGCCAUGACCUCUGAUCUUAUAAUAGCAAGACUGAAAACUUCAGCAUCUGGUCUUAACAUCACCAUUCAAAGAAAAAUUUUAAACAGGAAACAGAGUUUGCAGGAAAUAGGUUCGUUGUCUUGUUAUUUCUUUCUUCUUUUCUUUUUUUAAAUGUCAAAUUUCAAAUGAGAUUACAUCAGAACAAAAUAAGAUAUCGCAACACAUUUUUGCAUCCCACCUGAGACAUAAAACACUCAACAACAUAACCCAAAC